GCUAAAUCUCGGAGCGACCAUGAUACGAGAUUCACUAUUUGACUAGAGAGCUCUCAUCGAUGCUGUCACGGGGCGGUUAGACGUGUGCGUUGUCUAAGUUUCACGGGUGCUACUACACAGAACUCUCGAGUUACUUGGCUGUUCCACUCUUCUGGCUCACCUGAACUUCUUUACCCAUCGUCAUCGCCCGUUUCCCCCCUGUUUAAUCGAGCUAAUUCCUCACUCAGGUAUGACAUAGGAGAUUUGGCAUUGGGAAGUUUGCCCAUCAUGUCUCUCAUCCCAUCAUCUUUCUUUUCUAGCGUGUCUCCGGCGGCACCGCCGGUUGACAGUAAGCCUAUUUCAUCCAACAUUUUGGUCAUUGCGAAAGAUAAUGCCACUGCAAGCGACGCGACUUCGGGCCUUAAUGCCUAUGGUGUCCCGUUUACCGCGCUGCUUGUUCCUCAAGAUGGCAUCCAGCUGCCAGAACUAAGCGGCAGCGAGGGUGGUAACUUUGGGGGCAUCUUUAUCACCUCCGAAGUGAGUUAUGAUUAUGGGCAAGAGCAUGGCUUCCAGAGUGCUUUGACUCCAGACCAAUGGAAUCAACUCUACGCCUACCAGCUUGAAUAUGGUGUGAGAUUGGUCCAUCAGGAUGUCUAUCCUGGGGACAAAUUCGGUGUCACUCCUGUCGGUCAAGGCUGCUGUGCAAAUGACGUGGAGCAAUUGGUGUCGAUUUCCGAUACUAGCGAGUUCCCAACAGCGGGCCUGAAGAUAGGCGAGGGCGUCACAACCAAAGGUCUUUAUCAUUACCCGGCUACCAUCACCAAUGCAACGAACACAAAAGAAAUCGCACAAUUUGCAGAGAACGAUGUGAUAACUACUAAGACCACUGCUGCGGUCAUCAACAACUUCGACGGCCGACAGCAGAUGGCUUUCUUUAUUUCGAGCAACACCACAUGGAGCCAGACGUCGACCUAUCUUCAACAUGCCUGGAUUAACUGGAUCACGCGCGGAACACAUGCCGGACAGCGGCGUGUCACCUUGAAUACACAGAUCGAUGAUAUGUUCCUUGAGUCGGACAUUUACAACUCCCCAGGAACAGUCUAUCGUAUUACUCCCGCGGACAUGGAAGGCAUUGUCGAAUGGCUCCCGUCGAUCAAGGCGAAAAUGAACCCCGGUAGUGACUACUUCAUAGAAGUUGGUCACAAUGGUAACGGUAAUAUCGAGGCUUCCAGUAUGACUGUGGAGGGAGAGUCUAUCUGCAACGGCGGUGGGAUCGAGUAUGACUCUCCUCCCGACACGGAUAUGGAGUUUAAGAAGCCCCAGGGCACAGGAACCGACCUCUGGCCAGUACGGACAACAGCGUAUAUAUGGUCUUCGACCUGCACAAAUCUGGAUGAGCUUUUGCUUUGGUGGACAGAUGAGGCCAACCGGGACAAAUUUGCGCAUGUCUCGCACACCUUCACUCACCUGGAGCUGAACAACGCUACCUACGCUGACGCAAGCAAGGAAAUCUUUUACAACCAGGUUUGGUUGCAGAAAGUCGGUAUCUCCUCAGCUAAGAAAUACACGUCCCAGGGUAUCAUCCCGCCUGCUAUUACUGGCCUCCACAACGGCGAUGCUCUCAAAGCGUGGUGGGAGAACGGAGUCCGAAACUGCGUUGGCGAUAAUACACGUUCUGUGCUUGUGAAUAAGGAGAAUAGCAUGUGGCCAUACUUCACCACUGCCGAACACGAUGGAUUUGCUGGUAUGCAGGUGAACCCUCGCUGGGCCACACGUAUCUACUACAACUGCAACUCGCCCAAGUGUACCGUGGACGAGUGGAUUGAGACGUCUCACGGCACUGGUGACUAUGGUAAUGGUGAAUUUGAUGACUUGCUCGCCGCAGAGAAAGACGACACCAUGGUUCGUCUGCUCGGUCUAUCCCACUCACCGUACAUGUUCCAUCAGGCCAAUCUCCACAACGUCAAUGUUGAGCCUAUUAAAAUCAACGGAAAUACUGGAAAAUAUUCGAUCUUCCAGGCCUGGGUUGAGACCCAGGUCCAAGAGUUUACCCGCCUCGUGGACUGGCCCAUGGUCAGCACAACACAUCAGGAGAUGUCCGAUGCAUACCUCGCCCGCUACACCCGCGAUCAAUGCAAGUACAACAUGAGCUAUCUCACAUCGAACCGUGAGAUCACCGGUGUGACAGUUUCCGCCGAAGAUACCAACUGCGCGGCGCCCAUUCCAGUGACGUUCUCUGUUCCCCCAACCGAUACACAGGGAUUCAAGACUGAACAGAUCGGAAACGAUCCUCUAACGGUGUGGGUGAAGCUCUCUGGCUCACCGGUUACCUUUACGCUUUCGAAGCCUAUUCCGUUUUAGUCUUUUACUGGUGUGGAAAUUAUGUUGUGGGCUGGUGGGCAAUAGGUGUAAGAUGAAAAUGGGGUGGCAGGGCUCGGGCUCUAUUCAUAUUUUAGUCGAGAAGUAAUGCAUUUUAAUGUAGUAAUCAAGUAUCUUUCUUUCAGUAUCUUACA